AUGGUCUUGGAUGAUCCAUUCAGCGCUGUUGACGGGGCGGUCGAGAGCAACAUUAUCGACGCCUUGCUCUGUCCAGAAGGACUUUUGCGCAAGCUACGUCCCACAGUUUUUCUUGUCGCAAAUGGAGAUCAGGUGGUUUUGCUAAUCGACACACGAGUACACAUCCUGAGUCCUCAGGAUGAUCGCCUUCAGGCACAUUGUCAAAUGACCAAGUUAUACGUUUCACAAAACACAGAAGAUAUUGAGAGAUCCGGGCCAGGAGUUAAAUCACAGUUAGACGAGACACGAAUCACUGAUGCUACUGCGGGCGUAUCAAGGAGGAUCGGCGACUUGGCAGUGUAUGUCAAGCCCACUACUUUGAAUCGGUCGGAAUGA